GAUACGCGUGGAGCAGAGGAUUUGUCAUUUCCAGACACAGUUCAAUGUUUCGAACUUAAAAGUUCCCUCUGGUGGCCUUUGAGGAUAUAGCAAAGCUGUGAUUUGAGCAUCAAGAAGGACAGAAGUGAAUAUUUCAAUAUAAAUGAUCCUACAACACAAGGAUAUAUUUCAACUACGUUAAAUCCUCUUGAGAGUUGUUCUAUGUGCUUUGUUGGAACAUGGCAAUAAGAGGGACUACAGAGAUCCUUAAGAAAAGUUUUUAAGGAUAGCAAAAGAAGUAGGAAGAAUGGAAGCCUCAUUCGCUGCUAGCGCCGCCGUUGCUCCAACUCUGCCACCGAUUACCUCGUCUCCAGGUUACCUGCGCAGAAUGUUUCGGGAGUAUCAAAGCAACGCCGUCAUCAUGGCCCAUUACAACUUCACCGGAAAGCUGAAAGAGAACAAAUACCGGGAUGGACUGAAACCUGAGGCCAUUGUGUUUCUUAUCAUUUGUCUUCUCAUUGUGGUGGAAAAUGCCAUUGUUUUGGUGGCAAUAUGGAAGAACAAAAAAUUCCACAUUCCCAUGUACUACUUGCUGGGCAACUUGACGCUCUCUGACUUGCUAGCAGGCUUCACCUACAUGGUGAACAUCGUGACUUCGGGCGCAAACACUCUCAAAAUGACUCCAGUGCUGUGGUUUCUUCGAGAAGGCGGUGUGUUUAUCACACUUUCUGCGUCUGUCAUCAGUCUCCUCGCUAUAGCUAUCGAGCGGCAUGUCACGAUGGUCCGGAUGAAGCCGUAUCAAGGGGCCAAGCGUGGCCGAAUGUUCAUUUUGAUUGGUGCAAGUUGGGUUCUUUCGGUGCUCCUCGGCAUUCUCCCAAUCAUGGGCUGGAAUUGCAUAGGAAAUCUGGACGAAUGCUCCACCGUCUUGCCUCUCUACUCCAAGAGUUUCAUCCUCUUCUGCAUUACCGUGUUCACCCUGGUUCUGAUGUCCAUCGUGGUGCUCUACGUGCGCAUCUUCCGCAUAGUAAAGUCCAACACCCAUCGGUUAGGCUGCAGCCCUCAGCGCAAAGGUCUGGCCAGGAAGUCCCAGAAGUAUCUGGCUCUGCUGAAGACGGUCACCAUCGUUCUCGGGGUCUUCAUUGCCUGCUGGUUGCCUCUCUUUGUGCUCCUUCUACUGGACUUCUGCUGCCCUGCUCAAAGCUGCGAGGUGCUGUUCAAGGCGGACUACUUCCUGGGUAUCGCCAUGAUCAACUCGCUCCUAAACCCCAUCAUUUACACCCUAACUAGUAAAGACAUGCGGAGAGCCAUUCUGAGACUAGUCUGCAGCUACUGUCUGAUAUCAAAAGAUGGAGAGGUGAAGAAGUUUGGCAUGUCUUUUCUGGACUGUAGCACCAGUAAGGUUGAGGUGCCAUCACACAGACUGGAGGGCCUGGAGACGACGGUCUCCACUGGGAACUUCACACCAUCCACUAUUAAAGCUAUCUACCCGAUGAUAUUGAAGAGCUGAGGAAAAAGAAUGCAUUAAGUUCAAACUGACAAUGCAAGUCUUAAUGGACAGUUGAACUUCUUCUGGUUCAGGUUGAAUAUUUAUAAAACUGCCAAAGAGACAAGUAUGAGGUGCGUCGAAAUGAAUUCAGGAGACGUUGGAUGAGAUGGAACUCAUAAAUGUUGUUUUUGACUUCAGAGUUGAAGACUUGGUUUCUUCCACAUGCAUUGAAGCAAACCAGAGAACAUGGUAGACCAGACAAGAGGAUUUUUUUUUUUUUUACUGUGAUAAAAACCAGUGUUUAAAAUGGAUUGUCUGAGGGUCAAUACAAGAGCUACGGUGCCUUUUAAAAAAUUGGAUUUUGAACAUCAAAAAACAAGCAGUUAAACAGCUGAACUGAGCAAAUGCGAUGCAUUGUGCAAAUAUGCUUUGAAAAGAACUCUUCUGAUGUUAUACGAGACUCUUAUGAGCAUUUUCAAAAAUAAUGAGCUUGUGUAACGAGUCAUUUUCACCUCCAGUGUAAAUAACAGCUGAAAUGUUCAGAGAAUUUGUGGUGAAAAGACGCAAAGAAAAAUGACGGGUUGAUGCCUCCACACACAAGCAUGUUGUUAGUCCACGGGCAUUUUAAGAGUACAUAUGCACGCAAAUAAAAACUACAAGGCAAGUGACUAUUUUUAAUUUGUAAGAUGUUUCCUCUUAUAAUGGUAUUUUGGGAAGUACUGUUUUCAUGUUAAAGCUCCCCUUAACCAUUUAACCAAGUAUGCUAUACUUGUCUUUAUUUGCUUAUUCAGUAAAUAUAGUUUCAACUGACAUAAGGUGGCACAAGCUAUAUAAAUAUUGUAACAUAGUUUUUAUGUUGUUGUAUGGAAUGGCAUCAUUUAUGUGUAGCAGUCUGCAGCGAUAAAAACAGCACUGACAUUCAAGUAAUAUUGCAUUUCUGUAAAACUGUGUACUGAAAAAGAUGCAUUUGCAUGUGUUUAAAUGUAUUUUGAUGAUCCUAAAUUAUGAGCCUUAAAAACAAAUCUUUU